AUGCGCCAUGAGUCUGAGGGGAAUGGACGGCCAAGCGACGACGUAGAUCCCGCCGAUGUCUCUCUGCUGCUUGAGAAGAGCCUGCGCCAACCUGGCCUUUUCGUCUGGUUGCUUACCUUCUCUGCAGGAAUCAGCGGCCUGCUUUUUGGGUACGACACCGGCGUCAUCUCAGCAACUUUGGUCUCGAUCAAUAGCUCUCUUGGCCACCCCUUGACCACUCUCGACAAAUCACUCAUAACAUCUGCGACUGCCCUCUUUGCGCUCCUCGUCUCUCCUGUUUCCGGAAUUCUCGCAGACAGUCUUGGCCGCAAGAGAGUGGUUCUUCUCGCGGAUUCCGCCUUCAUUCUUGGGGCCGUACUGCAGGCGUCAACUUCCUCUGUUUGGGGCAUGAUCGCUGGCCGUUCAGUCGUUGGUCUAGCCGUCGGCGCGGGGAGUUUUGUUGCUCCCCUUUACAUAGCGGAGCUUGCGCCUGCGCCAUUCAGAGGUCGCUUGGUUACCCUGAACGUUCUCUUUGUGACACUCGGCCAGGUAAUAGCAUACAUUGUAGGCUGGGCCUUCGUACAAUGGGGAAGUCAGAAUACUGGCUGGAGAUGGAUGGUUGGACUCGGUGCUUUGCCAGCUGCGAUACAAGUCCUUGUUAUGCUAGUGAUGCCGGAAUCGCCAAGAUGGCUUGUCAAAGUGGGACGGAACGAUGAAGCCAGGAGCGUGCUGAACAAAUCCCUGGGCGCUGAGAUUGACGCACAGCCAUUGGUAAAUGCUGUCUUGAAAAGCAUUGAGAAUGAGGUCCGAGAGGAGGAAGAGGCAUUGAGGGGGAGAAUGCGAGGACAGAAGAAUGGCGGCCUUCCAUGGGUCUCCGGUAUGAAAGAUAACUGGAAUGAACUCUUUAGGGUCGGUGGGAAUAGGAGGGCUCUUGCUAUUGCUUGCUUGUUGCAAGGCCUCCAACAGUUUUGUGGAUUCAACUCCUUGAUGUACUUCUCUGCGACCAUCUUCACUCUCCUGGGCUUCUCUAGUCCAACCUUGACAUCACUUUCGGUGGCAAUGACCAACUUCAUCAUGACAUGCGCAGCUCUACUACUAAUAGACCGCGUUGGAAGAAGACGCAUACUACUGGCGUCAAUUCCUAUCAUGGCACUCGGUCUACUCAUUUGUAGUAUUGGGUUCUGUUACAUCACUUUUCCCGCUGAUCUCAACUCCGAGAACCCUUCAUCGACAGCGUCGGCCUACGACGAAGUCCCCUUGUCACAGCGCACGGCACCAUUGCUCGUGCUCAUUAGCAUUAUGCUGUACGUGGGUGCUUUUGCCCUGGGCCUCGGCAAUGUUCCAUGGAUGCAAAGCGAGCUCUUCCCUCUCAGCGUCCGCUCUUUGGGCUCCGGGCUCAGCACCAGUAUUAAUUGGGGAGCGAACUUUGUAGUAGGGUUAACAUUUUUACCAAUGAUGGAGUUCUUGACUCCCGCGUGGACUUUUGUUAUAUACGCUUGUAUUUGUGCUGCGGGGUGGCUCUGCAUUUGGUUUAUCUACCCGGAGACUACUGGGUUGAGUUUAGAGGAGACGGGCGCCUUGCUUGCAGACGGGUGGGGUGUAAAAGAGAGUCUGCAGAGAAUGCGGGACAGGAGGUAG